AUGUGUUUACCCAACUCGGGUUGGCACGCUUGGGAGUUCUUAGUCCAGUCACUCAAUACGAUGGAAGUCAUUAAUUUAGCCAAGGUUGGCCAAGUUGGAUUCACAGGCAGUUUCGCAAGCCUUUCCAAACUCAACAAGUUGGCUAUUCGUGGGUUAAAUAUCCAGUGGCAGGAUUUGUCUCACCCAUGUAGUCAAGUGUCUGUUCAAAGGUUUGAGAAUGGAGGCGUGACAGCCCUUGUCAAACCUGGGGUAGCUUCCACUCUCCUUCCUGUCUCAGUUAGAAAGUGGAAAAUGGAAAGCAAAAUUACGAGAAAGAGUGGAAUCAAGAGUCAUGACCGAAAGACAUAUAUUGCUUCUAAAAAUAGCUUCAAUCUCAAUACUGACUAUUUGCUUUUCAUUUCCCCUGACCUAGCUGAGGUUAAGCGAUUUUGCAGUGCAAGGUGGGUUUCAUAUCAAGCCACUAUCGCUGUAUCGGUCAACACUAUCAUCCACUAA